AUGAGCAACCUCGAUUGGCCUCGUGAAUUGAACAACUUCCUCCAGUCCAGAGGACAGACUCAUUUGUUAAGUUGGCACGACGAAAUCAGAGGGCCACCACACCAGUGCAUACAUUAUAUGACCGCUAUUUUCAACGGCCGACCGAUUGCCCGGGGACGCGAUAACUAUAAAAAUGGUGCAAAGGCGAUUGCAGCCCAACAGGCUUUGCAGAUUUUGAGAGGAUAUUAA